AAUAAAUCGAAAUGUCAUUUAUUUUAAAGUCAUUCAUUAUCCUACACUUCGGAAUUUGUUAUAUUUUCCUCUAUACAUAUGAACUGGUUUCAAUAUUUUUGAAAAAAUUCAAAUCAAAACUAAUGAACCCAGUUAGACAAUUAAGUCAAAAUGAUGUGUCAUUUAGAACUACUUACCUACCCCACAAUAAAAAGUUACUUAGAUAUAAAUUGUAUUUAGAUUAUGCUGUGAAUUUGUUGAAAACUACUAAUAAAUCUAAUGUAAUGGAAGCUAUCGAAGUUAUUUUAUAUAUUUUAAAAAACAACAAAUUGACCAAACUACAAACUGAUUGUUUAUAUCAUUUGGCUGUUGGCUUCUUGAAAUUAAAUGACUAUCAUAAUGCUACCAUCUAUUGUCAGUGUUUGUUAACAAUUGAACCAGAUCAUCAGAGAAUCAAGGAUCUGUUAUUGGAAAUCAAAUCACGCUCGUAUGAAGGUAUUCAGAAUAAUCCCGCCAUAGUGAAGCUUUCAACGUCGAACAAAAUCCUGCUUUGACCAAUUUACAAGAAGUAAUACUUGAAACUGUAGCUGUUAAAAACAAACUACUCAAUAUUAAUCAAGCAAAUAUAUGAAUAAGUUAACCAUCGAUUACUUUGAAGUAAAACACGUCAUAGAAGUUAAAUCAUUGAAUUAAAGUAUUCCGAAUUGUCGUUCAAAUUAUAAACUAACUUUAAUACGUGAAUAGAUUUAAUCUUUGGAUUCCGAAUAAAGUUUGAUUGUUUUCUAUUUUGUUAAACAAAAGAAUGCCACGUAUGUGUAUGAAAGAAUAAAAGGUUUUAAUGAUGUUAGCUGAAAAAUGCGAAGUUAUUGGAACAUUGUGGCAACAGUUUAGACUGGGUACACUGUUGUUCUGUUAACUGAGGUUAUUUAUUUAAUUAAUUAAUUUGUUUAUUUAUUCAUGAAACUAUGCGAAUUUCAUGUAGGCGUCCAAGAUAUGUAUGCACCUAAUUCAUCAAUAAACAUUCAUUAUGUA